GCAGAUUGAAAUGUAUUUACUUAUCGUGCAUCAUAUAAUUUUUUAUGGCAAACACCUUUUUGCUUUGUACAAAUUUUUAUCAUAUGAUUUUUGCAAGGUUAGGAUAUGGUUUUGUUUAUGGUAUUUUGUACAAUUAAUUGACAAGGAUUUUCAAUUCCUUUGACAACAACAAUGAUAUCUGAAAUUACUGCACCUGAUGUAAGAGGAAGAUUUUUAAUCAUUAUUAAUUUCUUUGUAUCCGUUGGUAAGAUUUAUGCAUUUUUAUUGGCAUUUUUCUGUCUUGACAAUUUCAAUUAAGGACACUGGAGAUUAAUGAUGACUCUAAGUUCAACCACGUCCUUGAUUGUAGGUAUUUUGGCAUGGAUCUAUUUAAUGGAGAGUCCUCGAUAUUUAAUGGGCAGUGGUUAAGUAGUGGAAGGUUUAAAUAUUAUCGAAGAAAUUAUCCAUAAAAAUGAAAACAAUACAGGAAUUAUAGGUAGACUAUUUAAAUGUGUAUAACCAGAAGUAUCUUCAGAUCCAUUUAAAGGAUCAAAGUAAAAUUAUUAGUUAUUAUAUUAAGAUAUGGAUAUAUUUCAGCUAAGGAGAGAAUAGCAGUAGAAAAAUGGGUAACUAAAGUGUUUCGUUCUGAACAAAGAGGAACACUUAGAGAAUUGUUUAACAAAAAUAAUAAAAGCACAACCAUAAGAUUGUGGAUAAUAUGGUUUUGUAUUAAUUUUGUAAUUUGUGCUAUAAACUAUUUCUUAGAUGUAUUUUGGAUAGUUACUUAUUCUACCGUUCAUUUUAGGUUAGAAUAAGAAGACAUUUGUUGACUAUCUGAUAACUGUUUUAGGUGAAAUACCAUCAAUCAUCCUAUCAUUGUUAAUAGUUGAAAUUCCUUUUCUAGGAAGAAAGAACACAAUGACUAUCUCAUUUUUUUGUGCAACAAUAAUGCAUGUUUGGUCUUAUUAUGCUUCUUGGCCAUACUUUUUUGCUCGUUUUUUUAUGAAAGAAUGUUGGGCUAUGCUUUAUCCUUACUCGACCGAAAUAUUCCACACUUCGAAUAGAACUUUAGGAUUUGGUAGUAGUGCUGCUAUUGGAAGAAUUGGAGCUGCCAUUUCCCCUUAUAUUUUAAUACCAUUAUUUGAUUAAGAUGCACAUUUACCCUUUUUGGCCUUCGCUCUAAGUUCUGUCAUUUCUAUGUUAUCGACCAUCACAUUACCUUAUGAUACAGUUGGCAAAUCAUUAGAUUUUUAGAAGUAAAUACAAGUUUAUAUACAUAGUUCGGAAGGGGAAGUCGAGAGCAAUAAGGAGGAUGAAAUUAAAGAAAUUAUGAUGGUUUUAAUUGAAAAAAAAAAUUAGAACUGA